AAGUCAGGCUGGUUGGAGGUUCUCGCUGCUCUGGGAGGUUAGAGAUACUUCAUGAUCAGACGUGGAUGUCAGUGUGUGACGCUGCCUUUGACCAGCAGGAUGCAGAGGUUGUGUGUAGAGAGCUGGACUGUGGGGCUCCUGUACAGGUGCUGGGAGCAGCUGCUUUUGGCAAAGGAGACACUCAGAUGUGGACACAAGAGAUUCAGUGCAGAGGAAAUGAAUCUCAGAUUCAUAUGUGUCAAACAUCUUUCAAAUUCACUCCCAAAUACAACUGUUCUCACAAAAAUAAUGUUGGACUGCUUUGUACAGAAAUAAUAAAUGUGCGGUUGGUUAAUGGUAACAGUCCCUGCAGUGGGACAGUGGAGGUUCUUCAUAGAGGUCAGUGGGGAAGAGUGUGUGACAUUGGUUGGGAUAUGGCUGAUGCUGCAGUGGUGUGUAGAGAGCUGGACUGUGGAGAACCUGUAGAUGCUCUGAGUGAUGCUCAGGUUGGACUCGGAUCAGGACCAACCUGGAUGAAUAAUGUAGUGUGUAUUGGAUCUGAGUCCACACUGAAAAAGUGUGGAUCUAUCACAUGGGGUUUUCAAGGUGUGUGUCAGAGCAAGAGUGCAGGAGUCAUCUGCUCAGGAGUCAGGCUGGUUGGAGGUUCUCACUGCUCUGGGAGGUUAGAGAUCCUUCAUGAUCAAACGUGGAUGUCAGUGUGUGACGCUGCCUUUGACCAGCAGGAUGCAGAGGUUGUGUGUAGAGAGCUGGACUGUGGGGCUCCUGUACAGGUGCUGGGAGCAGCUGCUUUUGGCAAAGGAGACACUCAGAUGUGGACACAAGAGAUUCAGUGCAGAGGAAAUGAAUCUCAGAUUCACCUCUGUCCAACAUCACUGCCACACAAAUACAACUGUUCACAUGAUAAUGAUGUUGGACUGGUGUGCGCAGCAACACUAAGACUGGUAAAUGGUAACAGUCCUUGUGCUGGUCGAGUGGAGGUUCUUCAUAGAGGUCAGUGGGGAACAGUGUGUCAUGAUAGCUGGGCUAUGCCUGAUGCUGCAGUGGUGUGUAGAGAACUGGACUGUGGAGAACCUGUAGAUGCUUUGGGUGCUGCUCAUUUUGGUCAAGGAUCAGGACCAAUCUGGAUGAGUGUUUUAACAUGUACAGGAACAGAGUCUACACUGAAGAACUGUGGAUCAGCAGGUUGGAAUGAACAUGCCUGCACUCAUAAUCAUGAUGCUGGAGUCAUCUGCUCAGGCCAUAAACGCUCCAGACUUGCUGAUGGGUCUCAUCUUUGCUCUGGGAGGUUAGAGAUCCUUCAUAAUCAGACGUGGAUGUCAGUGUGUGUCGCUGCCUUUGACCAGCAGGAUGCAGAGGUUGUGUGUAGAGAGCUGGACUGUGGGGCUCCUGUACAGGUGCUGGGAGCAGCUGCUUUUGGCAAAGGAGACACUCAGAUGUGGAAACAAGAGAUUCAGUGUAGAGGAAAUGAAUCACAGAUUUCAUUCUGUUCAAUAUUGUCAUCACACAAACACAACUGCACCACUGACAACAAUGUGGGACUGAUUUGCUCUGGUUACACUGAUCUCAGACUGAUAAAUGGUUCAGACUCUUGUUCUGGAAGAGUGGAGCUUCAGUUCCUCAAUGAGUGGGGCACAGUGUGUGAUGCAUGCUGGGAUAUGAGAGCUGCCAGUGUCCUCUGUAGACAGCUGAAUUGUGGGAUUGCUGUGUCUGUUGUGGGAUCAGACUGGUUUGGAGAGGGAAGUGCUGAAAUCUGGGCUGAUGUGUUUGAUUGUGACUGGAAUGAAAGAAAACUCUCAGAAUGUUCCAUCUCUUCAUGGAGUCGAGCUGAAUGUUCUCAUAGUCGAGAUGUUGGAGUCAUCUGCUCUAAUUCCUCUCUGGCUCUUCAUGAUGGUCUGGUGCGGUUGUCUGGAGAGAGACAGUGUGAGGGUGAGGUGGAAGUUUUCAUCCAUCAGGUCUGGAGGAGAGUUCUGCUGGACUCCUGGAGUCUCACUGAAUCCUCUGUGGUCUGCAGACAGCUGGGCUGUGGCUCUGUGCUGAACUUCUACGGCUCCUCUUCAUCCAGUCCUGAACACAGUCAUGAGUGUGUGACGGGCUUCCAGUGCUCUGGGAGUGAAGCUCAUCUGGGGAACUGCAGCUCUCCACAAACUCUCAACUGCAGCUCCACACAACAGCUGUCAAUCACCUGCAUCGGUCGCGGGUCCAUCAGGCUGGUGGGUUCUGGGGGAGACUGUGCAGGGAGGCUGGAGGUUUUUCACAGCGGCUCAUGGGGGACAGUGUGUGAUGACUCCUGGGAUAUUAAAGAUGCUCAUGUGGUGUGCAGACAGCUGCAGUGUGGAGUGGCCCUCAGUAACCAGCAGGUACCAGCCUGGUUUGGUCCUGGUUCUGGACCCAUAUGGCUGGAUGAGGUGGAGUGUGAGGGGAAUGAGACGUCCCUGUGGAGCUGCUCUUCUCCAGGCUGGGGAAAACAUGACUGUCAACACAAGGAGGAUGUAGGAGUCGUGUGCGCUGAGUUUAAAGAGAUCAGGUUAACUGAGGGCUGUGAAGGGAAUGUGGAGGUUUUCUACAAUGGAUCCUGGGGAAAUUUAUGUUACAACAAAAUGCACAGAGACACAGCGAGUCUGAUCUGUCAAGAGCUGAACUGUGGAAGAUCUGGCAGUGAACCAAGAUAUUCAGUGGGACUGAGAUCUGCUCGUAAUUGGUUAGAUCAUCUUAAUUGUCGAAAACAUGAUGGAACAUUGUGGCAGUGUCCAUCUUUACCCUGGGGCCAGAACAACUGUUAUGAUAAUGAGGUGGCCAAUAUCACUUGCUUUGAGAAAGAGAGUCCUGAGUCUCCACAGAGUCGUCUGACAUGUUCAGCAUCUCCUCACCAGAGACAGUGCUCAAAGCAUCUUCCUCUCAGACUGAUUGGAGAGGAGGGCCGGUGCUCUGGGAGGCUGGAGGUGUAUCAUAACGCUGUGUGGGGCUCAGUCUGUGAUGAUCAGUGGGACAUCAGCGAUGCUCAGGUGGUCUGCAGGCAGCUGGGGUGUGGAGCAGCACUGAGGGCUGAUGGGAAUUCAGUCUUUGGUGCUGGUGAAGGUGUUGUGUGGCUGAACAGAGUCGAGUGCAGAGGGAAUGAGAUUCACCUGUGGGACUGUCCUUUCUCCCUGAAAAACCACACUGACUGCUCCCGCAAAGAGCACGCUGGACUCACCUGUGCAGACUUGUCAGAUGUGUCAGUGUCCACUUCUCCUGCCACAACAUCAUCAGUUUCUCCUUCAGUGCGCUCAACAUCAGUCGCUCCUCCACAAACUCCUCCAGCAGCGUCUCUCUCCGUCCCCCCAGUGCUUGUGAUUGUACUGGGAGUUGUGCUCUUACUGCUCUUAGUGCCACUGCUUAUACUGAUUCAGCAGAACAGAGUGAUGAGGAGAGCUCUCUCUAAGAGGAGACACAGGACGACGACUGAGGCCGUUUAUGAGGAGAUUCAGCACAGACCCACUAACACACACAGUCUCUUCACUCAGAGGGGAAGUGUCCUUUCUGAAGAACAGCAUUCUGGAUAUGAAGAUGCUGAUGAGCUUCUUUCAGAAGAGCAACAAAUCACACCAGAGAACUACGAUGAUGUAAUCACUGCUGGAGUGAGACAUCAUGCUACAGAUGACUUACCAGAAAACUAUGAUGAUGUCGUCAUUAUACGGCAGUUUUCCAGUGAUAAAGCAGGGGGUGUUCAGGAGGAGUAUGAUGAUGUGAAGAAUGUCAGAGAAUAUAUGAGUGACAUGUUUGACUAUGAUGAUGUGGAGGAGGAACCAGGAAAACAGGCAGGAGCUGUAUAACACGAACCACAUCCA